CCCCGCCCCCGCCCCGUCCAGCCGCGCGGCACUCCAACCCUAGCUGCUCCGGCGCAAGCACCCACGCGCGGUGCCUCCAGCUCCCCUGCCCCGCGAGCCGCGGCUCUCCCUACCGGACCACCGGCGCCCUCCCGCAGUCCCUCUCAGGGCUGCCUCAGUCUCGCACCGCCAGUCACCGCAGCCUCAGUUCUUCGCCGACCCUUGAGGUGUCUAAUGCGCAGGAACUUUCUGCCGUGGCAUGCUCGAUUUGGUUAAUUUGAUCAUUCCAACAGACAUACAUACACUAAUGUUUUUUGUGCACACAUAUACGCUGUGGUGAACAUCUGUCAUGGAAGGGUCUGAAUCUAUUAGGAAUCACAACAAAAGAGAUGUUGAGGAUAAUGUUAAUGCCAGGUCCGGUUUGAAAGAGGAAGAAGAGCAAGAUAAUGUUGACGGCAGAAAGAACCGGUCUGGCAAGUCGAGAAAGCACAGCUCUGGGGAUGAAGUUGAGGAGCCGGAUGACGGCAGGAGGAGAUCCUCUGCAGAUAGGAAUGAGUCAAGAAGGAAGUCGAUAUCAGGCUCAGGCCAGGCCUACAGCGACAAUGACGAUGACUAUGAUGUAAGAAGGGGGUCACAGGUGUCCAAGAUUCUAAGAAGAAGCUCUGAAGAGAGAAGUGAGAGGAGAUUGUCUGAUGGUUACAUGGAUAGAGAUGGAGAUGGCAGCAGGACGAGAAGAGAAGACGAGGACGAUCAGGGCGCUUCAAGAAGAUCUAGCUCCAAAUCUUCUAGCCAUGAUGUUUCUCAUAGUAAAAGCAGAAGCAAGACAGAGGGGCCAUAUGAUGGUCAGCUGGACAAGGGUGAGGGAAGAGAGGGCAGUAAGGAGAAGCAAGGGCACUGGGAACAAGAGGAAUUUCCUUACCAGAGGAGUGUGGUUGAGACUCAUACAGACCGAAGAGCUGACAUUGUGGAGGCAAAAGAUAGGUUGACCUGUUUGGAUGCGGAUGGGCAUGCACUGUUGAAGGAUGGAAGCAACAAAGAGGAUAGAGAUGAUAAGAAGUAUCCUGUAGAGAGGUAUGGGUGUGAUAGGAGUAAUUCAGACUCAGAUAAUGAAAGAAGCAUAGGCAUGAAGGAGAAAACAAGAGAGGAUGCUUAUGGAGAGUCUAAUUCAUAUAGGGGAAGGGACAGAAACAGAGAGUUGGAAGGAUCUAAAGAAUACUGGAGGAAUCGUCAAAGGCAAGAUUCAAAGGAGACAAAUGACUAUGAUGCUGUUACAGAUUGGAGACAUGGCCAGGAAAGAUUAGAUACUGGAAAUUUCCAUGGCCGGUCUGGGUACAGGAAAGAUUAUAGGGGAAGAUAUGAAAGCAGCAAAGGCCCUUCGUUGUACGGCAGUCGAUAUGACAAUUCUGAUUCAAUAGAGAUUCGGCCUAACAGGAAUCUUGAUUUUGGAAAGGAGAAUUCUGUUUCUGGGAGAACUGACAUGGGAUCUUAUCAAGAUUUAAUGCACGGAACAAACCAACAAUCUGAUCAGAACAAACAAAAUCAUGGAAAUGGUGAGGAUUUACAGGAAAGACACUACGAAGAUGCUCAAACUAUGAAUCAUGAUACUGUCAAAGAUCAAUCUGAUUCUGAGACUGUGAGAAGUGGAUUGAAAGGAGCAAUGACACCCAAUACUUCAGGAGCAGGUCAAAGUGGCAGUUGCAGUAUGAUCUCUCCAAUUCCUCAGCAAGGGACAAAAGGUGGUAGUGGUAGAUCUUCUAGAGGGCCAAGAGGAAGGCCGAACGAAAGGGACCCUCAGAGAGUUGGAGUUUCAGUGCCUAUGAUGCCGCCUUCACCAUUCGGACCUCUUGGCCUGCCACCAGGUCUAAUGCAACCAAUGGGGCCAAACAUGUCCCAUUCUCCUGGUCCUCUUGGACCUGGUGUUUUCAUACCACCAUUUCCAGGGCCUCUUCUUUGGCCUGGAGCAAGGGGUGUCGAUAUGAGUAUGCUUGCUCUUCCACCCAACCUUCCCAUGCCUCCACUAGUAGCUGGGCCUAGGUUCAGUACCGGCAUGGGAGCUGGCCCAAGCCACAACAUUCACUUAAAUCAAACAGGCACUGGAAGAGGAACUUCAAUGAAUGCAUCAGGAUCUGGUUUCAGCCCAAUGGCUACACCCAGUCGUGAAAUGAUGCAUGAUAAACCAUCCACAGGCUGGAUGCCACACCGGAGCAGUGGGCCUGCUGGAAAAGCUCCCUCAAGGGGAGAACAAAAUGAUUACUCACAGAACUUUGUCGACACUGGCAUGCGACCUCAGAACUUCAUUAGGGAACUGGAGCUUACAAAUGUAGUGGAAGACUAUCCAAAACUUAGAGAACUGAUACAGAGGAAAGAUGAGAUUGUUUCUAACUCUGCUUCAGCACCGAUGUAUUACAAGUGUGAUCUAAAGGAGCAUGUGCUCUCCCCAGAAUUUUUUGGCACGAAGUUUGAUGUCAUUCUUGUAGAUCCUCCAUGGGAGGAGUAUGUUCAUCGUGCUCCAGGUAUCACGGAUGAUAUAGAGUACUGGACACCUGAGGAGAUUAUGAAUUUGAAAAUUGAGGCCAUAGCUGAUACACCCUCAUUUAUCUUCCUUUGGGUUGGUGAUGGUGUUGGUCUUGAACAAGGCCGUCAAUGUUUGAAGAAGUGGGGAUUCCGUAGGUGUGAGGAUAUAUGUUGGGUAAAAACCAACAAGAAAAAUGCAACACCAGGUCUGCGCCAUGACUCGAAUACAUUGUUUCAGCAUUCAAAGGAGCAUUGUUUGAUGGGCAUAAAAGGAACUGUACGUCGCAGCACUGAUGGGCAUAUCAUCCAUGCAAAUAUUGACACUGAUAUAAUAAUAGCUGAGGAACCUACUGAUGGUUGCACAAAAAAGCCUGAAGACAUGUAUAGGAUCAUCGAGCAUUUUGCUCUUGGAAGGAGGCGCCUUGAACUCUUUGGCGAGGACCAUAAUAUUCGUCCUGGCUGGCUUACUCUUGGGAAAGCUUUAUCCUCAUCAAACUUCAAUAAGGAGACAUACAUGAAGAACUUCACCGACAGGGAUGGGAAAGUAUGGCAGGGUAUUGCCGGGCGAAAUCCACCACCUGAUGCUCCUCACCUUGUCGUGACAACUCCAGAGAUUGAGAGCCUCCGACCGAAGUCCCCCCCACAUAAGAACCAGCAGCAUCAGACGAUGUCCGUAACCCUGAUGGGACCUAACAGUUCCACAAAUAGGCGAUCUACUACAAGCACCCCACAGAAUGCAGUGGCUGUUGUUGGUUCUGAAACUGUGAUGCCACCGGGUUGGUCUUCCACUCCAAUGGCAGGUUUUGGAAUGCCGGAGGGGGGGAGCUGGUCAUGAGAGCAAUCCAUUUGAUAAUUUUGGCUUUAGUGCCCCCUUAUGGAUGACCAAGCGGAGAUCACAUGGAUUUUGACACACGUAGGUUGUUAUAACAUAAAUUAUAGCCACAGUUUUGUUGUAAGGAAACCAUUCUUUUCCUGCCUAUACAUUCGUUGUUGAUUGGUGUAGUAUCCAUUAAUUUUGAUAGUUUUUAACUUUUUAUCCAGUUUUGACAUGUAUCAUCAAUUGCUGGCACCGUCUGUAGAGUUCCUCCGGUUGGCAAAGAUAAAAUGUUAUAAUUUGGUCAUUGGACAAGUGAUCUCGUUUGUGUUGUA